AUGUCUUCAAAACCAAUUUUUCUCGCGACACAUCCGCGAGCAUGUUCUACAGCAUUCGAGCGGGUCUUCAUGACUCGCCGAGAUAUCCUCGAAUGUGCACAUGAGCCAUUCGGUGAUGCAUUCUACUACGGCCCUGAGAGGCUCAGCACCAGAUACGACGAUGAGGUCUCGAGAAUCAAGAGUGGAUUUUCCAAGACCACUUACAGAGAUGUUCUCAACAGACUCGAGAGGGACGGUGAUCAUGGAAAGCGUGUUUUCAUCAAGGAUAUGGCAUAUUACCUCAUGGCACCUGACGGAAAGCCUACAACAGUUGCCUCUUCUCUCAGCAACGACCAAGCCAACAGUAACACCACCAACGGUGUUGAAAAGAUCAUUACCAAUGGCCACACCAAGGGCGUCGGCACCACUGAGCCCGGCAACCCCACGGUCUUGCCUUUGGAUGUGAUGAAGAAGUACCAUUUUGCAUUCCUCAUCCGCCACCCGAGGCGCGGCAUCCCCUCCUUCUACCGCUGCACGAUUCCUCCUCUGGAUGACGUGACGGGCUUCAAGAACUUCAUGUCCAACGAGGCCGGGUACUUGGAGCUCCGUGUCCUGUUUGACUACCUCCGGGAGCAGGGUGUUGUUGGACCACGCAUGGCCGAGGGUGCCGAGAUGCCCGCCGUCAAUGGCCAUGCGAAUGGUACCAAUGGCUACACAAAUGGCCACACCAACGGUCACACCAAUGGCGAGGUCAAUGGCCAUGCCAACGGUCAGACCAACGGACAUGUCAAUGGCCACAGCAAGCAAGACCAAAUCACCGUUACGGUUCUUGAUGCUGAUGAUCUGCUGGACCACCCCCAGGAAAUUGUUCAGGCAUUCUGCAAAGAGACUGGCAUUCCUUUCACACCAGACAUGCUGAACUGGGAUAACCCAGACGACCAGCAGUAUGUCGAAGAGGCCUUUUCCAAGUGGAUUGGAUUCCACAAUGAUGCGAUCAAGAGCAAGAACUUGUCGCCAAGGACGCACGCUCACAAGGUUGCAACAGAAGAGGCUGAGGACCAGGAGUGGAUCGAAAAGUAUGGCGAGGAGGGACAAAAGGUCAUUCGCGAAUGCGUCAACGAAAACAUUGCUCACUAUGAGUAUCUGAAGCAGUUUGCCAUCAAGGUUUAA